AUGUGUGACUCUCUCUCUCUCUCUCUCUCUCUCUCUCUCUCUCUCUCUCUCCAUCAACGUCCCUAUCUCCGCUUUUCCAGUUCUAUCUACUUUCAUAUCUCUUUUUUCAUAACUCUUCAUAAUUCUUUAUCUAUCUCUAUCUAUAUUCCUGCCUCUGUCUACGUUAAUAUUUCUGUCUGUACAUCUCUCUACUAUACGUCUAUCUACGUUCAUAUCUUUGUCUCUGUCUAUAUUCAUAUCUCUGUCUGUAUCAGUACGUUCAUAUCUCCGUCCAUAUCUAGAUUGUCUUCAAUCACGGUUCGGAUAAUCGAGGAAAUCUAUCUAUUUUAUCUAUCUAUCUAUCUAUCUAUCUAUCUAUCUAUCUAUCACAGUCUGUUCAAUAUCUGUCUAAAUCUGUUCAAUAUUCUAUUAUCUGUCUAUCUAUCUAUCUAUCUAUCUAUCUAUCUAUCUAUCUAUCUAUCUGUCUGCCUGUCUUUCUAUCUAUCAAAUUUGUCUAAAUCUAUCUAUCUAUCUAUCUAUCUAUCUAUCUAUCUAUCACCAUCUAUUCAAUAUCUAUCUAUCUAUCUAUCUAUCUAUCUAUCUAUCUAUCUAUCUAUCUAUCCAUCUGUCUGUCUGUCUAUCUAUCACAGUCUGUUUAAUAUCUGUCUAAAUUUGUUCAAUAUCUAUCUAUCUAUCUAUCUAUCUAUCUAUCUAUCUAUCUAUCUAUCUCAUUCUGUUCAAUAUCUAUCUAUCUAUCUAUCUAUCUAUCUAUCUAUCUAUCUAUCUAUCUAUCUAUCUGCACGCACAUUCAUAUAUUGUAUAUAUACUAUACUUUUCAAUGUCUAUACAAGACGAGGAAAAUUGGCAAAUGGCUCAACAUAUGAACUCAUUUCUUCUGUUCCCGUCGUAGAAAUAGAUGUAGGCGAUCGGGGCUUUCCAUAA